AUGGAUGUCGUUAGUGUGGGCCAGGGCUUCAUGGAGAGGUUCUACAGAGAGGAGACCCACAAGCAAGACUGGGAUAGGGGCCGGGCCCUCGACUGGGACCAGCACCGCCGCAUCAGUGGGCACCACAGACAGCAGGAAGACUACGAUUCCAGAAACAGCAUAAAUAACCGACUGGGGCAGAAGGUCUAUUUCUUCAAGAAAGAUCGAUAUUACAGAGUGGAUUUACGGUCAAUGAUGGUUGACCUUGUAUAUCCCCCGUACCCAAGAUCCACAGCGAAACACUGGCCGGGCUGUCAAAAUGGACCAAGGGCAGAGAAAAGGCAACAGCCUGCAGGGCCCUGAGAGGAGGUAGUGCCACCAACUGGCAAAACAGAG